CGUGUGUGGAUGUGUGGGUGUGUGGGCACGAGGUCUGCCUCUCCUGGCAAGUUCAGGAUCCGGGCAAACCCUCCCGCUGGAAGAUCUGCACCGCACCCAGGGAGCCGCCCGGGCCCCCUGGCUGGCGGCCAGAAACUUUCAGCCAAACUUCGGGCGGCGGCCUGGCGGCGCGGCGAGUCCGGGCGUUGCAGUCGAGCUCCGGAACGUGGCGAGCCGCAGCGGCGGGAAGAGGGCACGGGAGAGCGGGGCUCCCUAUGUGGAUCUGUCCGGGCGGCGGCGGCGGAGCAGCAGGCGACCGCGGAGCGACCGGCCACCGAGAAGAUGCCCGCCCUGCGCCCCGCUGCGCUGUGGGCGCUGCUGGCUCUGGGGCUGUGCCGCGCGGGCGCCGUGCGCGCAGUGCAGUGUCGAGGUGGUCAAGAGCCCUGUGUAAAUGAAGGAACUUGUAUUACUUACCACAAUGGCACAGGAUACUGCAAAUGUCCAGAAGGUUUCUUGGGAGAAUAUUGUCAGCAUCGAGACCCCUGUGAGAAGAACCGCUGUCAGAAUGGUGGUACUUGUGUGACCCAGGCCAUGUUGGGGAAAGCCACCUGCCGAUGUGCUCCAGGGUUCACAGGAGAGGACUGCCAGUACCCCACCUCCCACCCCUGCUUUGUGUCUCGCCCCUGCCUGAAUGGAGGCACUUGCCACAUGCGCAGCCGGGACACCUAUGAGUGCACCUGCCAGAUCGGCUUUACAGGGAAGCUGUGCCAGUGGACAGAUGCCUGCCUGUCUCAUCCUUGUGCAAAUGGAAGUACCUGCACCACGGUGGCCAACCAGUUCUCCUGCAGAUGUCCCGUGGGUUUCACAGGGCAAAAGUGUGAUACUGACAUCAAUGAGUGUGACAUGCCAGGACGCUGCCAGCAUGGUGGCACCUGCCUCAACCUUCCCGGUUCUUACCAGUGUCAGUGUCCCCAGGGCUUCACAGGCCAGCAUUGUGACAGCCCCUAUGUGCCCUGCGCACCCUCGCCCUGUGUCAAUGGAGGCACUUGCCGGCAGACUGGUGACUUCGCUUUUGAGUGCAACUGCCUUCCCGGUUUUGAAGGGAGCACCUGUGACCGGAAUAUUGAUGACUGUCCUAACCACAAGUGUCAGAAUGGAGGGGUUUGUGUGGAUGGGGUCAAUACUUACAACUGCCGCUGCCCUCCUCAGUGGACAGGACAGUUCUGCACGGAAGAUGUGGAUGAGUGCCUGCUACAACCCAAUGCCUGUCAGAAUGGAGGUACCUGCACCAACCGCAAUGGAGGCUACGGCUGCGUGUGCGUGAAUGGCUGGAGCGGAGACGACUGCAGCGAAAACAUCGAUGACUGUGCCUUUGCCUCUUGCACGCCAGGGUCUACUUGCAUUGACCGUGUGGCCUCCUUUUCCUGCCUGUGUCCAGAGGGGAAGGCAGGUCUCCUGUGUCAUCUGGAUGAUGCCUGCAUUAGCAAUCCUUGCCACAAGGGGGCGCUGUGUGACACCAACCCCCUGAAUGGGCAGUACAUUUGCACCUGCCCACAGGGCUAUAAGGGGGCUGACUGCACAGAGGAUGUGGAUGAGUGCGCCAUGGCCAACAGCAAUCCUUGUGAGCAUGCAGGGAAGUGUGUGAACACAGAUGGUGCCUUCCAUUGUGAAUGUCUGAAGGGCUACGCAGGGCCUCGCUGUGAGAUGGACAUCAAUGAGUGCCACUCAGACCCCUGCCAGAAUGAUGCCACCUGCCUGGAUAAGAUUGGAGGCUUCACAUGUCUGUGCAUGCCGGGUUUCAAAGGUGUGCAUUGUGAGCUGGAGGUGAAUGAAUGCCAGAGCAACCCUUGUGUGAACAAUGGGCAGUGUGUGGACAAAGUCAAUCGCUUCCAGUGUCUCUGUCCCCCUGGUUUCACAGGGCCCGUGUGCCAGAUUGACAUCGAUGACUGCUCCAGCACUCCAUGUCUGAAUGGGGCCAAGUGCAUCGAUCACCCCAAUGGCUACGAAUGCCAGUGUGCCACAGGUUUCACUGGUGUGUUGUGUGAGGAGAACAUUGAUAACUGUGACCCAGAUCCAUGCCACCAUGGCCAGUGCCAGGAUGGGAUCGACUCCUACACCUGCGUUUGCAACCCUGGAUACAUGGGAGCCAUCUGCAGUGACCAGAUUGAUGAGUGCUACAGCAGCCCUUGCUUGAAUGAUGGGCGCUGCAUCGACCUGGUGAAUGGCUACCAGUGCAAUUGCCAGCCUGGCACCUCAGGCCUUAAUUGUGAAAUUAAUUUUGAUGACUGUGCUAGCAAUCCUUGUGUGCACGGAGCUUGUGUCGAUGGCAUCAAUCGUUACAGUUGUGUCUGCUCUCCAGGAUUCACAGGGCAGAGAUGUAACAUUGACAUUGAUGAGUGUGCCUCCAAUCCCUGUCGCAAGGGUGCGACAUGCAUCAACGACGUGAACGGCUUCCGCUGUAUAUGCCCUGAGGGACCCCAUCAUCCCAGCUGCUACUCGCAGGUGAAUGAGUGCUUGAGCAGUCCCUGCAUCCAUGGAAACUGCACUGGGGGCCUCAGUGGCUAUAAGUGCCUCUGUGAUGCAGGCUGGGUUGGCAUCAACUGUGAAGUGGACAAAAAUGAAUGUCUGUCUAACCCGUGCCAGAAUGGGGGAAGCUGUGACAACCUGGUGAAUGGAUACAGGUGUGCAUGCAAGAAGGGCUUCAAAGGCUACAACUGCCAGGUGAAUAUUGAUGAAUGUGCCUCAAAUCCAUGUCUGAAUCAAGGAGCCUGCUUUGAUGAAAUUAAUGGCUACACCUGCCACUGUGUGUUGCCUUAUACAGGCAAGAACUGUCAAACAGUGUUGGCUCCCUGCUCCCCAAACCCUUGUGAGAACGCGGCUGUUUGUAAAGAAGCACCGAAUUUUGAGAGUUUCACGUGCUUGUGCGCUCCUGGGUGGCAAGGUCAGAGAUGUACUAUUGACAUUGAUGAGUGUGUCUCCAAGCCCUGUAUGAACCAUGGCCUUUGCCAUAACACCCAGGGCAGCUACAUGUGUGAGUGUCCCCCCGGCUUUAGUGGUGUGGACUGUGAGGAGGACAUCGAUGACUGCCUGGCCAAUCCUUGCCAGAAUGGAGGUUCCUGUAUGGAUGGAGUGAACACUUUCUCCUGCCUGUGCCUUCCUGGUUUCAUUGGAGAUAAGUGCCAGACAGACAUGAAUGAGUGUCUGAGUGAGCCCUGUAAGAACGGAGGGACCUGCUCCGACUACGUCAACAGUUACACCUGCAAGUGCCCGUCGGGGUUCGAUGGCGUGCACUGCGAAAACAACAUUGACGAGUGCACCGAGAGCUCCUGUUUCAAUGGUGGAACAUGUGUCGAUGGGAUCAACUCCUUCUCUUGCUUGUGCCCUGUGGGCUUCACUGGUCCCUUCUGUCUCCACGAUAUCAAUGAGUGCAACUCUCACCCAUGCCUGAAUGAGGGGACGUGCGUUGAUGGCCUGGGUACCUACCGCUGCACAUGCCCCUUGGGCUACACUGGGAAAAACUGUCAGACCCUGGUGAACCUCUGCAGCCGGUCUCCAUGCAAAAACAAAGGUACUUGUGUUCAGGAGAAGGCAAAGUCCCUGUGCCUUUGUCCACCUGGAUGGGAUGGUGCAUACUGUGACGUGCUCAACGUGUCCUGUAAACUAGCAGCCUUCCAGAAAGGCGUGCCCGAGGAGCACUUGUGUCAGCACUCGGGCAUCUGUAUCAAUGCUGGUAACACUCAUCACUGCCAGUGCCCGCUGGGCUACACGGGGAGCUACUGUGAAGACCAGCUUGAUGAGUGUGCCUCCAAUCCAUGCCAACAUGGUGCCACCUGCAGCGACUUCAUCGGAGGAUACAGAUGUGAGUGUGUUCCAGGGUAUCAAGGUGUCAACUGUGAGUAUGAAGUGGAUGAGUGUCAGAACCAGCCGUGCCAGAAUGGAGGGACCUGCAUCGACCUUGUGAACCACUUCAAGUGCUCAUGCCCACCUGGCACUCGGGGAUUGCUUUGUGAAGAGAACAUUGAUGACUGUGCCGGAGGCCCCCAUUGUCUUAAUGGUGGCCAGUGUGUGGACCGAAUCGGGGGCUACAGUUGUCGCUGCUUGCCCGGGUUUGCUGGGGAGCGCUGUGAGGGGGACAUCAACGAAUGCCUGUCCAGCCCCUGCAGCUCCGAGGGCAGCCUGGACUGCAUUCAGCUCACCAAUGACUACCAGUGUGUCUGCCGCAGGGCCUUCACCGGCCGCCACUGUGAAACCUUCGUGGAUGUGUGCCCUCAAAUGCCUUGCCUGAAUGGAGGGACUUGUGCUGUGGCCAGCAACAUGCCUGAUGGCUUCAUUUGUCGUUGUCCCCCAGGCUUCUCCGGGGCAAGAUGCCAGAGCAGCUGUGGCCAAGUGAAGUGUAGGAGAGGGGAGCACUGUGUGCAGACUGCCUCUGGCCCCCGCUGUUUCUGCCCCAACCCUCAGGACUGCGACUCAGGCUGUGCCAGCAGCCCCUGCCAGCACGGGGGCAGCUGCUACCCUCAGCGCCAGCCUCCUUACUACUCCUGCCGCUGCUCCCCACCAUUCUGGGGUAGCCACUGUGAGCUCUCCACAGUCCCCGGCAGUGCCGCUCCUGCCACCUGUCUGAGUCAGUACUGUGCCGACAAGGCUCGAGAUGGCGUCUGUGAUGAGGCCUGCAACAGCCACGCCUGCCAAUGGGAUGGAGGGGACUGUUCCCUCACCAUGGAGGACCCCUGGGCCAACUGCACGUCAUCGCUUCGCUGCUGGGAGUACAUCAACAACGAGUGUGACGAGCUGUGCAACACUGCAGAGUGCCUGUUUGACAAUUUCGAAUGCCAGGGGAGCAGUAAGACCUGCAAGUAUGACAAAUACUGUGCAGACCACUUCAAAGACAACCACUGUGACCAGGGAUGCAACAGCGAGGAGUGUGGCUGGGAUGGUCUGGACUGUGCUGCGGACCAGCCCGAGAACCUGGCGGAGGGCACCCUGGUUAUUGUGGUGCUCCUGCCCCCUGAACAGCUGCUGCAGGAUUCUCGUAGCUUCUUGAGGGCACUGGGCACCCUGCUCCACACCAACCUGCGCAUUAAACGAGACUCACAGGGCGCCCUCAUGGUGUAUCCCUACUACGGAGAGAAGCCAGCUGCCUUGAAGAAGCAGAGGAUGGCACGCAGGUCGCUUCCUGAUGAGCAAGAGCAAGAGGUGGCUGGCUCUAAGGUAUUUCUGGAAAUUGACAACCGCCAGUGUGUUCAAGAUUCAGACCAGUGCUUCAAGAACACAGAUGCAGCAGCUGCUCUCCUGGCUUCUCACGCCAUCCAGGGGACUCUGUCGUACCCUCUUGUGUCUGUCUUCAGUGAAUCCGAGGCUCCAAAAAGCACUCAGCUUCUCUACCUCCUUGCUGUGGCCAUUGUCGUCAUCCUGUUCUUCAUCCUGCUGGGGGUAAUCAUGGCCAAACGAAAGCGGAAGCACGGCUUCCUCUGGCUGCCUGAGGGUUUCACCCUUCGUCGGGACUCAAGCAAUCACAAGCGUCGGGAGCCUGUGGGACAGGAUGCUGUGGGCCUGAAAAAUCUCUCAGUGCAAGCCUCAGAGGCUAACCUGAUUGGUUCUGGAACAAGUGAACACUGGGUAGAUGAUGAAGGACCCCAGCCGAAGAAAGCCAAGGCCGAAGACGAGGCUUUGCUCUCAGAAGAUGACCCGAUUGAUCGUCGCCCAUGGACACAGCAGCAUCUUGAAGCUGCAGACAUCCGUCGGACCCCGUCUCUGGCUCUUACUCCUCCACAGGCAGAGCAGGAGGUGGAUGUGCUAGAUGUGAAUGUCCGAGGCCCAGAUGGCUGUACCCCAUUGAUGUUGGCUUCUCUCCGGGGAGGCAGCUCGGAUCUGAGUGAUGAAGAUGAAGAUGCAGAAGACUCCUCUGCCAAUAUCAUCACAGACUUGGUCUACCAGGGUGCCAGCCUUCAGGCCCAGACAGACCGGACUGGUGAAAUGGCCCUCCACCUUGCAGCCCGCUACUCACGGGCUGAUGCUGCCAAGCGCCUCCUGGAUGCAGGCGCAGAUGCCAAUGCUCAGGACAACAUGGGCCGCUGCCCUCUCCAUGCCGCAGUGGCAGCAGAUGCCCAGGGUGUCUUCCAGAUUCUGAUCCGCAACCGAGUAACUGAUCUGGAUGCCAGAAUGAAUGACGGUACCACCCCCCUGAUCCUGGCAGCCCGCCUGGCUGUGGAGGGAAUGGUGGCAGAACUGAUCAACUGCCAAGCUGACGUGAAUGCAGUGGAUGACCACGGAAAAUCUGCUCUGCACUGGGCUGCUGCUGUCAAUAAUGUGGAGGCGACUCUUCUGCUGCUGAAGAAUGGGGCCAAUCGAGACAUGCAGGACAACAAGGAAGAGACACCUUUGUUUCUUGCUGCCCGGGAGGGAAGUUAUGAAGCAGCUAAGAUCCUGUUAGACCAUUUUGCCAAUCGGGACAUCACAGACCACAUGGACCGCCUUCCCCGGGACGUGGCUCGGGAUCGCAUGCACCAUGACAUUGUUCGCCUCCUGGAUGAGUACAAUGUGACACCGAGCCCCCCUGGCACUGUGCUGGCUUCUGCUCUCUCGCCUGUCCUCUGUGGGCCCAACAGGUCUUUCCUCAGCCUGAAGCACACCCCAAUGGGCAAGAAAUCUAGACGGCCCAACGCCAAGAGCACUGUGCCCACUAGCCUCCCUAACCUGGCCAAGGAGGCCAAGGAUAUCAAGGGAAGCAGGAGGAAGAAGUCUCUGAGCGAGAAGGUCCAGCUGUCUGAGAGCUCAGUGACUUUAUCCCCUGUGGACUCGCUAGAGUCUCCCCACACAUAUGUUUCUGAUACCACGUCUUCUCCCAUGAUCACAUCCCCUGGAAUCUUACAGGCUUCACCCAACCCUAUGCUGGCCGCAGCUGCCCCCACUGCCCCAGUGCAUGCCCAGCAUGCAUUGUCUUUCUCUAACCUUCAUGAAAUGCAGCCUUUGGCUCCUGGAGCUAGCACAGUGCUUCCCUCAGUCAGCCAGUUGCUGUCCCACCACCACAUUGUCCCCCCAAGCAGUGGCAGUGCAGGAAGCUCGGGCAGGUUGCAUCCAGUCACUGUUCCAACAGACUGGAUGCACCGCAUGGAUGUGAAUGAGGCCCAGUACAAUGAGAUGUUUGGCAUGGUCCUGGCUCCUGCCGAGGGUUCCCACCCUGGCAUAGCUCCACAGAGCAGGCCACCCGAAGGGAAGCACAUCACCACCCAACGGGAGCCUUUGCCCCCCAUUGUGACUUUCCAGCUUAUCCCAAAAGGCAGCAUUGCCCAGGCAGCUGGGGCUUCCCAGCCGCAGUCUAACUGCCCUCCACCUGUAGCAGGCCCUUUGCCCCCUAUGUACCAGAUCCCAGAGAUGGCCCAUUUGCCCAGUGUGGCUUUUCCCCCUGCUAUGAUGCCCCAGCAGGAUGGGCAGGUAGCUCAGACCAUUGUUCCAACCUAUCAUCCUUUCCCAGCCUCAGUGGGCAAGUACCCCACACCCCCUUCCCAGCACAGUUAUGCUUCCUCAAAUGCUGCUGAGCGAACACCCAAUCACAGUGGUCACCUCCAGGGUGAGCAUCCCUACCUGACACCAUCCCCGGAGUCUCCUGACCAGUGGUCAAGCUCAUCACCACACUCUGCUUCUGACUGGUCAGAUGUGACCACCAGCCCUACUCCUGGAAGUGCUGGAGGAGGUCGGCGGGGCCCUGGGACACACAUGUCUGAGCCACCACACAGCAACAUGCAGGUUUACGCAUGAAGAGUCUGCCUCCAUUGUGGACAGAACUGCCUAUUCUACGUGCUGCUGAAGAACAAAUGAAGGUCGUCCGGAGGAGAAAUGAAGAAACUCUGUACCAGCUUUUGGAGGCAGGAGAGAGAACAUGCUCGGAACUUCCAUGUUUUUGUGAGAAGCAGUUUUCAGCAUCACUGAGUGUCUGCGGGGUUUGGGGGGAGAACCCACCUCCUAUCAAUCUAUUGCCCAUCAGGCCCAAGUUCAUGGGAAUGCAAGAUGAACACAAGCCCUGGGGCUCUGGUUCUCUCUUCUAUUUGGAGAAUAAGAUGGAUGCCUUUUAUAGCCCGGACAUUUCCUGCAGCUUGGCAUUUUAAGCCCCGGGGGCUUCUACUAUAUCCGUGAGGAGAUUGUACACUAGAGUCGGACUGGGAAUUGUGCCCUCGAAUCCUGCCCAAGUAGACCAAUUUCAUCUUCUCAGUCUUGGAAAUGGUCUCAACCUCACCUGGUGCUUUCCUUUUCGCACCUCUCGAUGGCUGUGGUCCCACCAUGUAUUAUAGGCAAGACCUUUGUGCUUUUAAUCAUUCCUACCCUGAAAAGCAGCUUCACCCCCCUGUUCCCAUCUUCCCAGCAUCCUAAGGAGUCUCACAGGGUUUACUUUGGUUAUGGUUCUCAGCCUAGGCCUGUACAGUACGUUUCUGUGGAAAUGCAUGUGUUGCAAUCUCCAUGUAUCAUUCCUAAAAGGAAAAUGGGAGCAAAAUAUUUGGGGGUGGUGUAGAAGAUUCCUUCAGAAUUGCACCUUAAUUCUCUUUCCUGUUUGUGGGGUUUCAUAUAAGCCUCACCAGGAGGAAUUACAUUGAUGUUCUUCUGUUUGUUGCCCUAGUCAGUAUAAAGUUUUACCCCUGGAAGCCUAGGUACUAUGAUAAUGCCCUUUUUUGUAAACCGGAAAAAAGGUGGAUGAAUGUUGGAAUGACCAAAAGAUAAGCUAGCUCGUUAAGAAGCGUUUGCCCACCUGCAGGGCCUCCAUUGACUGCCACUGUGAAGCACAUUUAUCAAAUCUUAGGACUCACUCAUCCAGCAGAUGAAGUUAGUUUUAGCUCAUGAGCCUCUCCUUAUACAUCCCAGUGAAGAAAAUCCCUCGUGCACCCUUGCCGUUCAGAGCUGCACUUCCUUAGGGUCAAGGGACCUGGUGUCUGUCAUCUUCGAGCCCAGCUUUUUUUCAGAUCAGAGGCCCAUUUAUCAGUUUCCCUCUACACUGUGUGAUCUGAGUCGCUGGUAUACACAGUAGAUCAUCACUGAAGACAUGGGUUUUCUAUGGUCAACUUCAGGAAGUGGAGCAUGGGCCUGGUUUCCUGGAGCUCGUGCGAGGCAGCCUCUGCUGGCUUCUCCUGCCCUUCUUUUUCCUUUGAAGCAGUCAUGACAUUCCUGUUUUGGUAAUUAAAUAAAAACUUACUGGGACUUCUUCCUCCCUAGAGUCAACUUCAGAUAUUGAUGGCUCCGACUUCUCAUCAGUGUCCUUGUGUUCAGAUUAUGAUUGUACCUCAUCCGAAUCUGCUUCCUGUACUGUGGUCUCAAAGACUUCACAGACUCUCAAGAGCGGAAGUAUUUUAGUUAACUGUAAAGUUUGGGGUAGUGUUUCCCUCUUCUUCCUCAGUCAGUUCAUAAUUGGCUGCAUGGCCACACCAUCACUUCCACCUAGUGCCAUGAUACCCAUGACCUGGAAAAUUAGUUCUGCUGGGGUAUUUGUGUGGUAUUAGUUAAUGGAUUGCCUGUUCUGUUAUGGUUUAGUAGUGAUCUUUAGUCCCAUGAUAAUUGAAAUAAGUGCUCCCCACUCAUUGCUCAGUCUUUGACCCUGUGUGUCUGUUGGCAUGGCAGUCUUUGUAAAUGGGUGGGGGAUUUUCAAUUCCAUCCAAAUUCCUUGAAUCAACAAAAACAGUUUUUUCUGCUCCAAUCUGUGGCAGAUAAAGUUUGCUCAUUCAAUUUUAUUUUCUCAUGUGGCAACAUACUACCAUCCCCUUUCAUGAUGUAUAGACAUGUUCUUUUUCUACACGGUGACUGUCUACCCUUAGACCUAUCAAUUAGUCCCAUAUUAGGACACCCUGUGUGGGUGGACCUCCGUGGACGUCUGUGGACCUCCCCUUUCUCUAGCUCUAGUGCCACUGCCUAAGAGUAUCCACCGCUAAUCCAGGAACCAGGUCUGUGACAUGUUCCUCCUUCCCCAACACAGGGAAGCUGUUUCUCCUUUUUGGGUCCCUUAACUUGCAUCUUUGGGGUUUGUGGGGAGGAAUAUGAAGCUGUUGUCACAGACAGCAGCUCCGGUGAUGAGGAGGACAGCACUGCCAGGCAGGUAGCUUACCCAGCCCUUCGACUUUAGAACUCUUGAGCUGCAUAGUGUCUAGAAAAGAGAGAGAGAGAUGGACGGUCCCUUUCUCAUUUGGGUUCUGAAUCGGAGGCUGAGGUUUUAUGGGACACAUCUUUUAUGCCAUGCAUAGAUCCCUUUAAAUUUUUUAUAUAAAUUCCUCUUUUCUUUGACUCCCUCCUGCCUUUGAGAAUAGUUUUUUAUUUGUUCUUUUUUAUUUUAAGCAUCUUCUCUUUUUUUACUUGUGUGAUGGUGGGGGAGGGAGAAGUUUGAAGGAAAGAAUGAGUUGAAGAUUUUAGUGAACGUUGUGAGCUCAAGUCCAUGACAUCAUCUUAUUAAACUUGGUAGUUCAUAAGUCUUGCAUAGAAAAGAACCAAAGGUGUAAUGUUCUGUUGGUGUGUGGUUUGGGGAUUUGGACCUUAACCAGUGCAUUGAAUGUAUGGGACUAUUUGGAAGGACACAUUGUAUGUCCUGAGACCCCCACUGAUAACAGUUUGGUACUAUGGCAACUUCCUUGUGUACAUUUCCCUUAAAAGUGAUAUUAUAUAUCUGUUUGUAUGAGAAACUCAGUAACCAGUAAAACGACUGCAUCUUCCUAAGAAUAAGAAGGAAAGUGCACAGUUUUUACUUUUAAAAGUUUCAUUCUAAAAGUAGUUUAAGAUGAAAUUUAUAUGAAAGCAUUUUUAUCACAAAAUAAAAAAAGUUCAUCUCAA